AGUCAAAAUUUUACCUAAGUUAAAUCAAAUUCAUUCAUCAAGAAGACAAGUUUUAAGUUAUAUCACAUAGUAACCUAAACCUCAAGAGGACUCAACUCAAUCAUUAUCUUCAAAAUUAAUCGCAAGUUUCUAAGUCAGGAUGGAGCGUUGGCAAGGCAGAGUAGCGUUUGUGACAGGAGCCAGUGCUGGUAUUGGGGAGGCCAUUGUUGAGGACUUAGUAGGCAGUGGGAUGGUCGUUGUAGGAGUGGCGAGACGAGAGGAGAGAUUGAAGGAUAUCAAGGAAAGGCUGAAAGAAAAACCAGGAACAUUUCAUCCAAUCAAAUGUGACAUUACAAAGGAAGAGGAUGUUAAAAGGACCUUUACAUGGGUGAAGGAAAGUUUGGGUGGAGUGGAUGUCUUAGUCAACAAUGCUGGCAUUUUUAUAAGAGCCCAAACUUGUGAUGGUGAUGUAGAAGAGUGGCGUAGGAUGUUUGAUAUUAACGUGUUUGCUCUCGGGUCCUGUUCUCGAGAAGCCUUGAUCUCUAUGAGAGAGCGGAAUAUAGAUGAUGGUCAUAUCAUCAAUAUAAACAGUGUUGCCUCCCAUCGAAUAGGAGACAUUUCUGGGGUAGGACCUUACUCAUCUUCAAAACAUGCAUCCAAGUGUUUCACUGAGGGACUAAGAAGAGAACUCGCCAGUCAAAAGUCCAAGAUAAAAGUCACUAGCAUAAGCCCUGGGGUGGUGGAUACUGAGAUUUUUGAAGCCAACAAUGCUUUUCCUGGAGGAAUGGAUAUGUCAGGAAGAGCUAAUCUUAAGUCUAAGGACAUUGCUGAUGCUGUCCAUUAUGUGCUGGCUACUCCUCCUCACGUUCAGAUUACCGAGCUUACCAUUCGCCCAGUUGGUGAUGGAGUCUAAACUGGAACCUUCUCAGAUGUGUUAUUUCCCAUAAACAGAAUUCUGGCUAUAUGGAUAUG